ACCAACAGCUACCAAAGUCGGGGAGGGAGUGCCAGAUAUUUCAAGUUUUGAAACUCAAAACUGGCGAGGACUGCAAUGGCAACGACAACUCCUCGUAAUUAACCCACAAACAAUGCCAUAAGCACUAACAAAUCUCUAUCAAAUCCCCAUCUUCCAAGUAACCGGUUAAACCAUGGCAGCAGCCGCCGGCCAAGACAGGGCCUCGCCUCCAUCGAAGCCCUCAAAGUUCUCUGUCUACCAGAACCCAACCCUGUCCGCUGCUCUAACGGCUACAAGUCUACAGCCCUCCAAAUCAACUAUUCUUUGCAUCUUUUCUCUCUUAUCUGCUUCGGCUUUUGCUCUUCUCUCCAUCACUUCCAGGGGCAAUGUGUUGGCUGAUAAACUGAAGUUCGGAGAUUUAUCUCAUGAAGUUGCUUGUAUAUUUGCCAAAGCAAUACAGACUGCAUUGGGUGUUGUUUUCAUUGGCACCAUUUUUGCACUAUUCAAAGCCAUCUCUCUGCAUAGAGCCAGGAGCAUUGGUUGUGUGCCAACUGUAUCUCCUCCUAAAGGUACUAAGGAUCAACCUUGUCUGACGAAGCGGCAGCUAGGGCUUUUAGGAAUAAAACCCAAGGUUGAGCAAGUUGUGCCAGAGUCUUCAAAGAAACCUCCGAAGUCCAAACCCCUAGUGACAUCAUCUCCUUCAGAUGUUCUUGUCCCACUUCAUCUGCCAAUUAAUGGAUCGGAUCGUAAGUCUCGCAUCAGCUCUAAUAAAUCAAACACCAGUGGUGGGAAUAAGAUGAAUUCUUUUGCUACCCCAUCCAGAUCCCAGGGUUCUCCUUCUUCGUUAUAUCUUGUUCCAGCAUCCACUUCUGCAUUAUCUUCUCUUCAAACUUCACCAGGACAGGAGCCUGUGGCCAAAACCCCUUGGUCCAUUAAACGAGCCUCCUCUACCAAGGAAAUAACAACAGAAGAGCAACUUGAACUGUUUCUUGCAGAAAUAGAUGAGAAAAUCACUGAAUCUGCUGGAAAACUAGCCACCCCACCCGCAACCAUCAGUGGCUUCGGAAUAGCAAGUCCUAAUACUGUAGCAAGUUCAGUUAAUACAUCUGGAACGACAAGGAGUACACCACUGAGGCCUGUUAGGAUGUCUCCCAGUUCCCAGAAAUUUACCACUCCUCCAAAGAAAGGAGAGGCCGACCUUCCUCCUCCAAUGUCCAUGGAAGAGUCUAUUGAAGCUUUUGAGCAUUUGGGCAUCUAUCCCCAAAUUGAGCAGUGGUGUGAUCGCCUCAGACAGUGGUUUGCUUCAGUUCUGCUAAAUCCUCUACUUAACAAGAUUGAAACCAGUCAUAUUCAGGUAAUGCAAGCAGCUGCUAAACUCAAUAUCUCAGUUACAAUUAGUCAAGUAGGAAGUGAUCAACCAACCAAUGGAAGUCCUGCUACUUUGUCUCCACCUGAUAGGAUGAAGGAAUGGCAACCGACAUUCACUCUUGAGGAAGAAGGGCUACUUCAUCAAUUACGUGCAACUCUUGUCCAGGCUCUUGAGGCUUCUAUGUAUGCAGCAAUGCCUUUAGCCAACCAACAACAAUCUCCACAACAAAAUCCUUUGAUCCCUGUUAUGCAGGAGUGUGUCGAUGCCAUUACUGAACACCAGAGGCUUCAUGCACUGAUGAAAGGGGAGUGGAUGAAAGGUUUGCUACCACAAAGCAGUGUGAGGGCAGAUUAUACAGUACAAAGGAUUCGAGAGCUUGCUGAAGGAACCUGCUUGAAGAAUUAUGAAUAUCUUGGAAGUGGGGAGGUUUAUGACAAAAAGAACAAGAAGUGGACCCGUGAACUUCCAACAGAUUCUCACUUGCUCUUGUACUUGUUUUGUGCUUUCCUAGAGCACCCAAAAUGGAUGUUACAUGUUGAUCCUAAUUCUUAUGCUGGAGCCCAAUCUAGCAAGAAUCCAUUAUUCUUGGGGGUCCUGCCACCGAAGGACAGGUUUCCAGAAAAGUACAUCGCCAUUAUAUCUGGUGUUCCUUUGACUCUUCAUCCAGGAGCUUGCAUCCUGGCAGUUGGAAAAGAAAGUCUCCCCAUUUUUGCCUUAUACUGGGACAAGAGAUUACAGUUCUCUCUUCAGGGGAGAACGGCACUGUGGGAUUCCAUCUUGCUUUUGUGCCACAGAAUAAAGGUUGGAUAUGGAGGAAUAGUUCGGGGCAUGCACAUUGGUUCUUCAGCCUUGAAUAUUCUCCCAGUUCUUGAUCCAGAAAAUGAAGACUGAGUUCUUGUUAGGCAUGCAGCAUGCUGCAGUUUUGCUUGUCAUGGCCUGUCUAUUACGGUAGUCAGCUAAGGUUCGCUAAUUGCAGUGUAUGUUUCAAUCAGUGUAGAAGUAGAACUUCUCAUGUGGGUUGAAGCUUGUUGGAAACUUGGAAUCAAGCGGGAGCUGUUUUCAAUAUUUUGCUUGAUCCUGUGUACUACAAGAUCAUCCCAGAGCAUUCUGAUGAUUGACUAAGUUGGCAGUUUUGGCAGCGAAGAUAUUUUGGACCAAAAUCUUUGUGAAAUUUUGUAAGCAUUGUACCUUUUGGCAUAAUAUUUUUGCUUCAAACUUCCCCACGGUACCUAAGGCCUAUAGACAUCUUCUUGUACUUAAGCAGUAUUGCUUCUAACCUUUGUGAGAGUCAAAGCUUAAGCAAGAGUUUAAUUCCCUGCUAAAAGAGAAGCCUGUUGUUUAUACCCCUGGAAAGAUUGUGCACAAUCAAUUAGGCCUAAAUUAGUCUGGUUUUAUUGAUGUCAAGGUGUAGGUAAAAACUUUUAG